AACCAUGGUGGGACGCCAAACCACCUCGCCAACCAGUUAUUUCAACAAAUGUAAAUCAAACAAUUAUAUCAGAUCGGUCGAUUACACAAUCCACCUUAGAACAACAGUCACAGCCAGCUAUUGAACAAACACUAACAACAGGUAUGGUUGAUACAGAUCAACAAAAUAGUAUUAUUUGUCCAACUCAAUCAAUUGAUUGUUCAACAUCGUUCUCAUUUAUUAAACAAGAACCACGUUCUUUAUCUGAUCUCUUAUCGUCACCAUCAUCUGUUUGUUCAACAUGGCAGCCUUUGGUUUUCCAAUCUCCAAUAUCAUCCAUAUUAGGUCUAAAAGUGGCAUCAAUAAUGAACCAAGCUCGUACUGAAUCAAAGUUCCAACAAUUCUUAUCAUUAAUGUUUACAGUUGUAUGUGGAUUGCUGUUAAUAUUGUUAUUGAUUAUGUUUAAUGCUCAUUUAUUACGUGUAUAA